AUGUUUAAAGAUCUAUUCGGUUCUCCUGUUGUUUUUAUUAUUAUUAUUCUUCCAUCAAACUUAUUUUCAAUAAAUUUUAAAACUGCUUGUGAUCUAUUAAAUCUUCCACGUGAAUGUCAUUGUCAACGAACACGUAAUAUACCAAUAUAUUCAUUUAAUGAAACACGUUUACGAUGUCGACAAUUAACUGAAAUAACAACAAAUUAUCAUUGGUCAAGUAUAUCAUAUGAUCAUUUAGCAUUUGAAACAUUUAAUGAUAAUUUAACAGUACAUCGUUUUGUUUUUUCUAAUAUUAUUAUUCGAACAUUACGUUUUAAUACACAAUAUCUUAUUUUAAAUGAUCAUACAUUUAAUAAUGCUUAUAUUGGACAAUUAGGUAUAACACAUCAAGAUACAUAUGGUCGAAUUUAUUUUGAAUUAAAUGGACAAAUAUUUUAUGAUACAACUAUAACAAAUUUAUUUUUUAAAUUUAUUGAUUUUGAAAUACCAAUAUCAGAAAUAAGUUUUUCAAAUUCAAAAAUUUAUUCAUUUUUAAUACAAUCAUCAAAAUUUUAUGGUUUUACAAAUCAAAAUAAUGAUAUUAUAUCAAAAACUAUUACAAAUAUAAAAUAUGAUCAUUUUCUUGAAUAUGAUAUUUUAUUACCAAAAAGACAAAAAAAAAUUUCACAACAAUUAUAUGAAUUAAAUGAUGAAAAUUCAUCGAUUGAUUCAGAAAACACUAUAACUAUCAAUGUAUCAUUAAUGACAAAUCCUAUAUAUAUUAUUAUAUUUACAAUAAUUUCAAGUAUUAAUACAACAAAUUUAACUGAAAAUUAUUUUCCAAAUAAUUUAGAAUAUAGUCAAACAGAAGAAAUCGAAUUAAGUUUUAAUCAAAUAAAUACUCUUAAUGCACAUACAUUUCGUCAUUUAAAACAAUUUAAAGGACGAUUAAUAUUACGAAAUAAUCAAAUUAGAUAUUUAAAUCCAUAUGCAUUAACAGAUUUAUCUUUAGUAAAAAAUUUAUCAUUAUCAAAAAAUUUUAUUAAACAUUUAACAUCAAUACAUUUUAAAGAAUUAAAUCAAUUAUAUGAACUUGAUUUAAGUUUUAAUCAAAUAUAUGAAUUAAAUAAUAAUAUAUUUAAAUAUUUAUAUAAUUUACAUAUACUUUAUUUAAAUCAUAAUCCUUUAGAAUUAAUUCAUUCAAAUGCAUUUUCAAAUUUAACUAAAUUAAAACAAAUUCAUUUUCAAGGUGUUAAAUUUAUUCAUUUAGUUGAUUUAUGGAUAUGGAAUUUAGCUAAUUUACAUGUUAUUCAUUUACUCAAAACUGAUUUUGAUUUGAGUGAUGUUGCUUUUUGUAUAUUAUCAAAUUAUAAUCAAACAUUAUUUCAUUUAUCACAUCAAUAUUUUUGUUCAUGUAAUAUACAUUAUUUUAAUUUUAAUCAAUAUUUUAUUGAAAAUACUUCAAUAUCAAUAUUAAAAUAUAAUAGAAAUUAUUUACGUUUAACUCCUAUAUGUAAUAAAAAUGAAACAGAAACAAUUUUAAAACAACAAACAAAUGAAAGUAAUUUAAUAUUUCAUGAUUUAGAAGAUAAUUGUGAUUAUAAAUUAAUGUUUCUCGAUUGUGAUGCUAUGGCAACAACACCGACAACAACAACGCUGACAACAACAACAACAACAACGCCAACAACAACAACAACAAUAACAACAACAACAACAACAACAAUGCCAUCAACAAUAGAAAUGACACGUUUAUUCGAUAUAGAAAUAGAAACUACAUAUAUUUCAGAUAUUCUUAUUCAUCAAACAACUGAAAUUCCUGUACCAUUGACAAAAACUUGGAUAAUUCCAACUACAACACAAGAAACACCUUUAAAUAAUAUAAAAAAAUUAUUUACUGUACUUGGUACAUUAAUAGCAAUAACAAUUGGUGCCAUUGUUUUCGUUUAUUUUUGGUAUCGUUUUAAAGGUAUAUUAAGACAAAAGAAAAAAAAGAAAACUUUUCUUGUACAACAACAAGGACAUUUUAAUUCACCAAUUCUCAAUCAUCAUCAUCAUCAUCUAUCAAUAGCAAUACAUUAUGCUUCAUCGGAUAUAUUAGGUAGUAUAAAUAAUGUACAUUUAUCUCGUAGUAAAAGUCAUUCACAAACAUUAAUUGAACCACCAAUAUUACAAUCAUUAUCUAUGUAUAAAAAUACUGAAUCAAUUGAUAAUGAUCAAAUUGUAAAUUUUAUUGACGAUGAAAGUAUACAACAAUAUUCAGGAGAUGUUUCAAUAGCAGAAAUGCAAGCAAUUAGUCAAUGUUAA